CUUCGCGCAUAUAUCUCUGCUAAUUACACCGUCUCUAUGUUCCAGAUACAUCCCACAUCAAAGCGAUAUCUACCGGGAUCGGAUCCCCCCCUUCCAUCUCACCACUCGAACCCUUGUCAUCGUCGGAUGUAAGACCGGUCGACCGGUCCUAUAAAUGGUUCUCAGCUCGGCGAUAAACUGAUAAGGCAUUGGACUGUCUUUAUUCAAAUUAAAAGCACCUGCGUCUUUCGUGAUCCCCUCACCUCUAAUCUCUAUUUCGUUCAGGCUCGUCUCGGAAGCUCAAUCCUCAGAUACCAUGGCUCAAGAUGGACCAACCACAUAUCCAGGCAACUGCCAUUGCGGCGCCGUGCGCUUCGAGAUCCAUCUCGCCAGACCAUUUCAGAUGACUUUCGCAUGUCCGUGUAGACUCUGUGCGAAAACAGGCUGUCCAUGGAUCUUCGCCGAAGACAAUGAGCUGAAGUUCACCAGGGGGCGCGAUACCCUAGCCAGAUACAAGACGCAGAAGGGGGAGCAUGAGUUCUGUGCUACAUGCGGCACCCAGCUCACGGUCCGCAACCACCUUAUCGUCUCAGGCCAGGCUGGUAUAGGUGUCAGCGCACGAGCAUUGCUGGACGUGAAUCCGUUCCAUCUCUCCGUGACCACAUUGCCACCCGCUCCCGAAGAACCGCAACCAUCGCCCGUCACCGAACCGCAACCGACCACCCCGGACGCCUUGAAGGUAUACCAGGGAGGCUGUCAUUGCGGUGCGAUCCAGCUCACCGUGACGAGCCCGCCUCUCCGCCGCGUCCAAGUCAAGGAGGAUAACUGCAGUAUCUGCCAACGGAACGCGAAUGUCUGCAUCUACCCGGCCAAGUCCGCCGUGGCGAUUGAGGAUCCCCGCACCCAGCUCCGGGAGUAUCGCUUUGGCCGGCAAUUCACCGGCCAUCGCUUCUGCGGCGUCUGCGGCGUGCAGCUCUACAUGCAUCUGCAUGGACCCCCGUCGGCGGUGGUGGCGAGGCUGUCGCCCGAGAAGCAGGAGCUGGUCAGGCGGAACUUGGAUGUCGUUCCGGUUCGGGUCGCCGUGCUGGAGGGGGUAGAGUGGAAUGAGAUUCGGGUGGAGAGGGAGGAUGAGGGGACCGAGGGGUAUGUUUUGGGUGCCUGAGGGAAUGGGGGCUAAGCUCCAGUGCGGACUGUUUAGGAUUUGCGCGUGGGUAUGCUGGGUAAUGGUUGCCCGUGUGUGCACACAUACUAUACAUGCUCGAGAAAACUGGCACCCCUUGCGAUUCAUGCGUGGUCUGAAGUCCCUUUGGCCAGUUGUUGCGGUCUGUUGCGCUCAUAGCCCCCUCAUCAGCGCCUUCCUAUCGGCCCAAUCGGUCGAACAUGUCUGAUUCUCCCAGAGACAGUGGGUUAUAGAGGAUCAAACCAAGCUUGGAUAUCAUCUGCACAUCAUCUCGGUGGACCGAAAGUGCG